CCCCGCAGGGCCCCGCGGCACUCGGAUGGGACGUUCACCAGCGAGCUCAGCCGCCUGCGGGACAGCGCGCGGCUGCAGCGGCUGCUCCAGGGCCUGGUGGGGAAGCGCAGCGAGCAGGACACAGAGAACAGCACGAGCCGGACCACGCCGGCGGAGGGCCGCCUCUGCCUGCACUGGCCGGGCACGUCCACCCUGCAGGCCUGGAUGCCCCUGAGGGAGCCCCUGGAUCAGGCCUGGUCUCCCCAGCUGCCUCCUGGAUCCCCGUCUGGGGCCACGUUUUCAGAGCCAGCCGUCCCUGCAGCGGAGGUGACACAGAAGACGUCCUGAGGAAGAAGGGACCUCCCCACCACCCCAAGGGGAGCGGAGUGGAGCCUGGGCAGGGGAGGGGGUGGGGAGGAGGAGGAGGGGUUGCACUUGUCACCAAUAAAGGAGGAAU